UUCAUCAUCAAUAAACGCAUCACUUAUAUCUUGUUUUAAAUUCUUGCCACGUCUAUAAAACAAAUAUAUCCGGCGACAACUAUCUACAAUACAGUACAAUCGGAAGCUUAAGAGAGUUUGAACAGGUAAAAUAAGCCGCAGUGGGAACUCAAGACUGAGGUGGAGGAGGAGGCUGUUUUCUGCUACUUGUAUCUCGCGCUUCCUGAUCUUUGCAAGUUGCAACAGCGCACGUCUCACAUACGCAGACAUGGCCUCAGGUGUAGCUAUCAGUGAUGAGGUGGUUAAAUACUAUGAUUUAAUCCGGGUGCGCAAGCAGGGCGAACAGGACAGAGAGAGGUUUAAACUUGUGAUGAUGCGUAUAAGCGAUGACCAAAAGAGCAUUAUUGUGGAUCACGCCAACUGCCUGAAGAACAAAGAUGUUGAGAGUGUGGCAGACAUUUUCGAGGCGGUCGUCAGUAAGCUUCCUCCAAAGGAGUGCCGUUACUGCCUGUAUGACUGCCAUUACGCGACCACAGAAAGUGUGAAGGAAGACCUGAUCUUCAUCAUGUGGGCCCCUGAAAGUGCAAACCUGAAGAGUAAAAUGCUCUAUGCGAGCUCAAGAAAUGACCUCAAGAAGAAAAUUCCAGGUUUGAAGUUUGAGUGGCAAGUUAAUGAUCCUUCAGACAUACACAAGUCUUGUCUCGUGGAGAAACUUGGUGGUCCGCUAGUAAAGUCUUUGGAGGGGAAAGCAAUCUAGAAGAGAUGGGAGCGAUCAGUACAAUGUCCCAGCAUCCCAAGUAACAGUCCACAUUAAAAUUCUUAAAGACCUAUAAAUUCGUAUAUCAUUAUUGUAUGAUUGUAUACACUUUCUGAUUUCAUUGUGAAAUAUGCUUAUAGUCUGGCAGUUGAAUGUUUCUUUGUUUUAAUGGUUAAAAAAAGACCAGAUGGUCAAAAGGAAAUGUCUUUUAAGGAAUCAAACUUUGUGUUACUGGAUUCAUGUUUUUAUUUACUUAUUCCUAGUAAUUCUAAUAACGGAGUGUUUUUUUUCCAUUUUCUUUGAAACUGUUCCAGGGAAUAACUAAUAUUUAUCCAUAUACAUUUGCUAUUGAACAUAUGCCAACAGGAUGUAGUACGACAAAACCAAAAAUCCAUCAUGACAUUACAAUUCUAUUGAGUUAACUAAAGCAACAGUCUGCGGUCACUUGCGUUCUAAAGAAAUUCAUAUUUCGUGAUUUUUUUCCAAAUCUGUCUCUAUUUACCUCAAGUUUAUUAUCAUAAGUGUUCAAACUUCAAUUCAUAAGACUAGGAAACUAGUACAUAAUUUGUACUUUCAUCCUCCAUCCCUUGUGAAAGGGAUUUCCAUAAACAGUUUUAAUUCUA